UGAUAAGACACAAUAAGUCCUUGUUCUGCUCUAGUUAUCAGUAUUGGUACUGGCAUAUGUUUUGCUUACUGAAAUCUUCAUUUAUGCGAGAAAAACCUACGCCUUUAAAUUGUAGAAGGAUUUUUAUAUAUAAUUACUCGAACUGAUGAAACCCAGAAUGACAUCAGAAUCCAAAGCAGUACAAAAUGUGCCUUCAUCUCUCAUUACAGAAGAGGAAAAUCAGAAAGUGUUCAGUGCACUGGGAAAGCCAUGCACAACACUUGCUACAACUGUCGUACAGUUGUAUUUAACUGAAGAACCAUACCAUUCUUCUUGGAUUAAGAAGCAAUGUGGGGUGAUUUGUUUUGUCAAAGACUGUGAUCGACGUUCUUACUUCAUUAAACUUUUUGAUAUGGAUAAAUGUUCAUGGGUUUGGGAGCAAGAGCUGUAUAACCCAUUUGUAUACAAACCAGCAUGUACUUUUUUCCAUGUUUUCGAAGCUGAUAAUUGUAUGGCUGGUUUAAAUUUUGCUGAUAAUGAUGAAGCUCAGAACUUCAAAGCUGCAGUUCAGAAACGGCUUGUGAUGAGAGAUGAGAGGAAAAGACAAAGAAGGCAAAGAGCUCAACAGAGUAUCCAGCCAUCAAAUGCCGGAAUCAUGCCAGCCCGUGCCAAAUCUCAAUCCUCACAAUCACUUAUUAAUGGUAAAGAAGAAAAAGCAGAAAAGAAAAGACGGAAGAAGAAGCUUACUAAGGAGGAUAUUGGUACUCCCUCAAAUUUUACGCAUUUACAACAUGUUGGAUGGCAUCCAGAGAAAGGUUUUAGUGUUGAUAGUGUUGAUCAAGAAUUGAAAGAUUUCUUUAAUUUAGCUGGUGUUUCCGAUAAAGAUUUAAAUGACUGUGAAACUAGAACUUUUAUUUACGAUUUUAUUAACAAUCAUGGUGGUGUUGAGAAAGCUAAACAAGAGAUAGCAAUGAAAGCAAGUCCUCCGCCUGUACCUGUAAGAGACUUACCUCAGACGCCUCGGAGUACUGCUCGUGGAACUACAAGAUCGGCUGCACCACCACCUCCUCCACCACCACCAUCAGUACCACCUGUUUCGCAGCCUCCUCAAAAAUUCAAUAAUGCUCCUCCGCCUCCCCCACCUCCACCACCUAUGCCAUCUCUUGGGUCAUCAGCAGCACCUCCGCCGCCACCUCCCCCACCUCCACCUCCAGGCAUGCCAUUGGGAAAGACAGCAUCUACAGGAAAUGUUCGACAGAAUAAUGGUCCUCCUCCUCCUCCUCCCCCAACUGAUAAUAGAUCUGCUCUUUUGGAGCAGAUUAAGAAAGGAAAGGAGCUUCAUCAUGUGGAAAUCAAUGGAAAUGAUGGAGACACUUCAGUACCUGUUGGGGAUGAUCCUCGAAAUGCUUUGCUUAAUCAAAUUAGGCAAGGAAUAGUUUUAAAAGCUGUUUCUGAAGAUUCACGACCUGCCCCACCUGCUCCCACCCAAAAAGAUGGCCUUGCUGGUGCUCUAGCCAGAGCAUUGCUUGAAAGGAGCAAAGCUAUUCAACCCACUGAUGAGAGUGGUAGCAGUAGUGAUGAUGAUGACGGAGAUGACGAUUGGGAUUAAAUUGUUUCUUAGAGUAUUUGUAAAGAAUGUACCUAUUUCUUUUAGAGUUAAUGAAAUUAUAAUGAAGAGCUUUUUAUCUUUAAAACCUGUGAUCAAAAUAUAUGUAAAUGAUGGAACAGUAUUCAAUUUAUUAGAUUUUUUGGCUUUGUUACCUCUUCUAUCUGUAAUUAAAAUAUUUAUUCAUGUAGAAAA